UCGAUUAUCAUGCUUUAAUUCAUAUAUCCCUUGCCUUAUCUUCAUCACAAAAUUCUUUGCCAUGGCCGAAAUCCACACCCGCUUGCUGACGGAAAAGUUGAUAAAACCAUCAACUCCGACGCCGGCGAAUCUCAACCGCAUCACCCUCUCCCUCUUAGAUCACCUCUCUCCUUCAACAUACAUAAACAUCAUCUUCUACUACAACCCCAUCAUCAAUCACCCAACACCGCCACACGACCACCAAACACGUCUCCACCUCCAAAAAUCACUCUCCGACGCCUUAACCGCGUUCUAUCCGCUCGCCGGAAGAUAUGACAGAGACGACGGUUCAAUCAAGUGCGACGACCAAGGAGUUGGGUACGCGGAAGUGGAGGUGGAGGGGUGCAGGAUGGUUGACUUUCUCGAUGAUCUUCACUGUCAAAAUCUUAAUCGGCUUUUGCCUCAUCUGGACGGCGGUGGUGAUUCCGGGAAUAGUAGUACUCCGUUGGUGGUGAUCCAGGUUAACUUGUUCAAGUGCGGCGGGGCGGCGAUUGGGGUUUGUGUUUGGCAUAAGAUUGCGGAUACUCAUACCACAAUCCAGUUUAUAAAUGCAUGGGCGGCUAAAGCAGCUAGCGAUUUACAGAUCGCCGGAGACGAUGAUGGUGAUUGUAAAGUGGAGCUGCAACGGUUGACUUUCAACGGGGGUUCUUUCUUCCCUUUAAAGAAUUUUCCGGUGGAAAUGCCGCCGCUCGGGCAUGACAUGAAAGUUGUGACGAGAAGAUUUGUUUUAAAUGGGCGGAAGGUAUCGUCUUUGAGAACCGAGUUCAAGGAAUAUUAUUCCAAGGUGAAUGGCGGCGCGAGUGUGAGAACACUGCCGUCGCGAGUGACUCUCGUGACGGCGGUUUUCUGGAAGGCGUUGAUCGGCACGGCGGCGGCGAGUCGGCACACGCGCUUGAGACCUUCCCUCUUAUCUCCGGCAAUGAAUCUCCGCGGGAGAACAUCUUCUUUUCCCGCCAUCUCCAACGACUCUUACGGAAACUUCUGGACUCCAUUCGUAGCUCAUUUCAAUCCCAAAAAUUCCAACGAGGAUGAUAGAGCCACGCUUUCAUGGCAGGAUCUGGUGGGUCCCAUCACGGACGCCAUGCAAACCAUGCUCGACCUUGUUCAGCACGGGAGCGGCGAUGAGAUCUCUCGGGCGGCCAUUAAAGCGUUCCAGGAGGUGCAGGAAACCAUGGCGGGCGGCGGGCAUGGAGAAGAAGAAGAAGUGGACGCCUUCAUUUGCUCCAGCUGGUGCAGAUUUCCACUGUACGAGGCGGAUUUCCGGUGGGGAAAGCCGGCAUGCGUCAGCUCCGAUAAUCGCUUUGAAAUGUUCAUUUUGAUGGAUAGCAGCGAUGGUGAUGAGGGCAUAGACGUUUGGGUGUACAUGGAUCAACCCAAAAUGCAACUACUUGAACAAGAUCCUCAUAUUAUAGCCUUCACUUCCACUUAAUAAUUCUCCCCGGCCUAUAUAUAUAUAUAUAUUUAUUU